UUAUUCUUCUUAUUACUGUUUAAUCGACACACGAUUGCAAAUGGGGGCAAGGAAAUCAAAACCAGCUGGAGUACUGGAUGAAGCAUGGAGGAUAUUUGACUGGGGACAGAAGGAAGUACUGAAAGACCGUCUAGAAAAGUUUACUCUGAGUAAUCCAGAUGUGACAAAGAUCAAGAUCCUGGUGGCUGGACAAAUUGGAGCAGGGAAGUCCAGCUUUAUUAACUCUGUCCUUAGUGUCUUUCAAGGAGAAAUUGUUAAUGAAGCACUAGCUGAUACUUCAUCGUCAGGCGCCUGUCGCAGUUUCACAAAAAUAGUAAGCAUUAUUUAACUCCUAUAUUGCACACACGGUAGUUGCAAAGACUGUAGGAACGUGAUUUAAAGGGGUUUAUAUGAAACAGUCGAGCUACAGAGAAGGACAGCAGCUUGUGAGUGUUUUGUCUUGUUUUCUCAUCAGACUAGUGUGUGAUCGUCAU